CAGGCAAGAAAAAUAAUAUUAUUUUACACAGCAACUAGCAACUUAGAGGAAACUUACCAAUUUUAGUCAAUAGUCAAUCCUCAAUAGAAAGCCCAUCAUCAUAUAUAGAGAUGUAAAUCAGUGUUUUUCAAUAAUAAAUAAUAUCCCACCAUCAUUCAUCUCAGUCAACCACCGGCAAUGGCCACCGUGCGCCACCUCUCCCUCCUCACCUUCAUCACUCUCAUCUUAUCAGUUCAGUCCACAUUAAUCCUCGAGCCAACCGACCACAAAGCUCUGUUAACACUCCACAAAGCCCUAGGUAUCUCAACUAACUCCACCAGCAUCUGCAACACCACCGGAAUAUUCUGUGAACGGAGAAUCUCCAACACCACCACCGUCCUCAAAGUCACCAGAAUCGUCCUCAACCACCGCCGCCUGAGAGGCUCCAUCUCUCCGGCGAUCGGAAAACUAUCGGAGCUCAAAGAACUCAUUCUCUCCAACAACCACCUUGUGAACCAAAUUCCGGUUCAAAUUUCCAGUUGCCGGAAACUUGAAGUUCUCGACGUUAAAAACAAUAGAUUUUCCGGUUCAGUUCCAGUUCAGUUAUCCUCACUCAACCGUCUCCGGAUCUUAGAUCUAUCAUCCAAUAAAUUCUCCGGUGAUCUAAAUUUCUUAAAAUAUUUUCCAAAUCUUGAAAAACUCUCACUUGCUAAUAACAUGUUCACCGGUAAAAUACCGGUUUCAAUCCGGUCGUUUAGAAAUCUCCGGUUUUUCAACAUCUCCGGUAACAGUUUUCUAGAAGGUCCAGUUCCAACAAUUAACAAAUUAGAGAAUGUUCCAAAACGCUAUAGCUUUGCAGAAUCAGAAUCACCUUCAAAUUCUUCAAUUUCAAAUUCAAAUUCUUCAACAAGCUCUGAUGACGUCAUGGCUCCGUCACCGGCUCCGGCAAGUGCACCAAUUCAUAAGAAUAAAAACAAGAAGAAGAAAGUGAUACGGUGGAUCUUAGGGUUUGCAGCUGGAACAGUGGCUGGACUCAUAUGUGGGUCGAUUGUUUCGGUUCUGUUUAAGAUAGUUUUGAAUAUGAUUAAAGGAAAAAAGAGCGAUUCGGGUACGGCGAUAUUUAGUCAGUUGAUAAAGGCGGAGGAAUUGGCGUUUUUGGAGGAUGAUGAUGCAGUGGCGUCGCUUCAGAUUAUCGGUAAAGGCGGGUGUGGAGAGGUGUACAAGACAGAGUUGCCAUCAAGCAAAGUUAAAACAAUUGCUAUAAAGAAGAUAGUGCAGCCUCCGAAAGACGCUGCAGAGCUUACCGAAGAGGAUACAAAGCUUCUUAAUAAGAAAAUGAGGCAGAUUAAAUCGGAGAUUCAAACCGUGGGUCAGAUUAGACACAGGAAUUUAGUUCCGUUGCUAGCGCAUGUUUCGCGGCCGAAUUGUCAUUACCUGGUUUAUGAGUUUAUGAAAAAUGGUAGUUUACAGGAUAUUUUACAACAGGUUAAAGAUGGUAAUCGAGAAUUGGAUUGGCUGGCUCGUCACAGGAUCGCGUUGGGAAUAGCAGCUGGGCUUGAGUAUCUUCACUUGAGUCAUACGCCUCGUAUAGUUCAUAGAGAUUUAAAGCCCGCGAAUGUUCUUCUUGAUGAUGACAUGGAAGCCCGUAUAGCUGAUUUUGGGCUUGCGAAAUCGAUUCCGGAUGCUGACACACACAUGACGAGUUCGAAUGUUGCUGGGACUUUAGGGUAUAUUGCGCCUGAGUAUCAUCAAACGUUGAAGUUUACGGAUAAGUGUGAUAUUUAUAGUUUUGGGGUGGUGUUGGCGGUUUUGGUGAUGGGGAAGCUUCCGUCGGAUGGGUUUUUUCAGACGACUAAUGAGAUGAAUAUGGUGAAAUGGUUGAGAAAUGUGAUGACUGGUGAGGAUCCGAAACAAGCUAUUGACCCGCAGUUGUUGGGAAACGGGUACGAAGAACAAAUGCUGCUUGUUCUCAAGGUUGCUUGUUUUUGUACACUUGAUAAUCCUAAAGAAAGGCCCAAUAGUAAAGAUGCAAGAUUGAUGUUGGCUCAAAUCAUUCAUUGAAUGUAUGCAAUGUGUGGAUAUAGAAUAAGGAUGCAACUCUGCAAGUGAAAGAAGCUAUAGUUUAGCCAUCCAUAUAGGGAAAAAAUGUAUCAAAAUUUAUGUCAAGUGAAUCAUUUUGUUUCUUGUACUACUGUUAGAUUCAAUCCAAAUGUUUGUAAUUGUAUUUAUGUCAUGGAAUAUGUAGCAUGUUUAUAAUUAUAUCAAAUGAAUCUUUUGUUCUUAAAA